CACUCCUCUUGAACUGUAGAAUGGUUCUUAAAUUAACCAUUCGACGCGCUAGAAUCGGUUAGUUGGUGCCGUUGCUAUAAAGAAGUAAAUACAUUUUGUGGCUCUUAAUGCGUACGCACCUUUCCCCUAUUAAGCUAACACUCGAAACCAGUGAAAAAAUACCAGUUAUACAGUGAUAGGAGAGUGGUAUUGUUGACAAAUUUGAAUAGCUGUGUAGUGUUACGGUGAUUCUGUGACAAAAUUCAGCUGGAAUAAUGCCUUUGCAGCCACGUAUUAACCUUACUACCUGCUACAGAGUGCCUCUUAAAACCUGAUGUACCUUGCCUAGCACCAUGCCCUCGGAUCACACCCAGUCAACAUAAUGAAACCGCAAGUGGACAUAAAGAACUCGCAAAUCAAGUAGCACAAAAUGAAAAAAAUAUGUACACAUCUCAGCCCAACGUUUAUCAAGUUGAAUCACUUGAUCCAAUGAUUCAACAACGGCGAGAUGUUGAAGCACAUGUUAAAUACAAACGGGGGUGUCGCAAACCGCGUAUCCCGUCCAGAUAGUUCCAUGGUGAUGGAACCUCGGAUCGACCAAAAUGCCCAUAGGUACCGAUCACCAAACGCCAACAGCUCGAGGAUAUCGCAACAGUACCCCCUCAACGUGUCCCAGCUGCACUCCCAGAACAACCUGGACAACUCGAAGCACUCGAUCUACAGCAACACGGUUCUACCGCCCGGCAACAAGGCCCUCAAUGGAGGACUCAACAUCUCCAGGGUGCGAAAUCAAAGCACCGUCAACAAAUUUAUCGCCAAAUCGAAGCAAGUUGGCGUUAAGGAGAUGUUGGUCAGUUUGGGACUACUGUGUCUAGUGAGCUUGUUGUUGGCGUUGUUGUCGUUGAUUUUUCUUCUGAAGAUAUCACCAGUGACUGCGAACGAUAUAAGAGAGUUGUUGAGAGCUGAACAAUUGACAGUGAUAACGGCCGAGGAGUACGUGGUAGUGUAUGAAGUGACGUUAGCCUUAUGUGCGUUGACUUUAUCUCUUAAUUUAUGUUGUCUGUUAGUGUGCGCCAUCCAGUUCUUGUUUGCCGUUAAGUUAGUGAAAAGUCCACACGGGGGAAACGACAGAACGAACAAAUACCUGCAAAAAUCGUCAGUAAGUCGAGUCUGCGCAGUCGGGGGCUUCUUCAUCUCAAUUCCGGUAUUUUUGACAGGAAUAAUCCUCUACACUUUCAUCCAGUUUCACUCAACCCCGGCGAUCGUCACCAGCGUGUUUAUCGGGUUGGGAAUAAUAUUUUGCGGUUGUGCAAUGGUCCACAAUGUGUUUAUAUGGCAGCGAGAAAAAACGAACGCCGUCAAAGAACUGGCCUUAGCUCAACAUGAACAAUCGCAAAGUCAUAACUCUUUCCACAGUGUGACUUCGCCGACUACGCAGUUGAAUCAUUCACAUGUCAGUCAUAUCAACCACAGUUUUGGCCAUCCGGUGGGUCCUUCGACGCAUACGAACAACCCCUAUAUUGUGAGACCCUCGACGACUACACCUCCGACUGCGGAAAAUUUAAACCUGACGAAGUUGUCGCAUCCUAGGGAGGCUAGUGGAAGUGUCAGUCCAGGAAUGCCUAACGCAACCUUGGAGCUCAGCAGUGUGGCUACUACUAACUCGCCACAUGAACUGUCGACUCUAGUUUAGAACCAGUCAUUGUUAAAAUUUAUUUAUCGAAAAUUUAUUAAUGUAUAUAUCGUCUAAGAAAAAUGGCUAGAGGGUAUUUAAAAAGUGUAUAUAGGUACUUACCGCUUGUUUCACAGACAGUAUGUUUGUAAUCUAUUUUUAAAUGUACAUUUGUGAAAUUUCAAAGAGUUUUUAGUACAAAACAGUUUCACUGCCUAUUUCAGGUUUUGAUAUUAUUGCCGUCUGUUAUUACUGUAAUCUAGAUUAAUAUAUUUUAUAUACCGAUUUUAUAUCUAACA